AUGUCAGAGGAUAAUAAGCUACAGGCUAUUAUGUCUGCUUUAAAGAAGAGUCAACAGGGAGGAUCGGGAAGUUCUGACUCUGAUGACAAGAAGGAAGCGGCGUAUGUCCAUCGUGAGUCUACUUACGAAGAAGACAAUGAUGUGAAUUUGUACAGUGAGGAUCAAGGUGAUGAAUCAGACAACAAAGACGAAAAGCAAGAUUUAGAGCAAGCGACAGAAACUAGUGAGGGACAAGGAGAACAGUACGAUCCACUGCAAAUAGAAGAGAGUGAGAGCGACAGCGACAGCGAAGAGAAUCAAGGUUCAGUGGAGGAAGAAGAGAAACAGAUUUCCCAAGAUGGAUCAAGUUUAGGUGAUAAUGACAGUAAUAGUGCUGAAAAUGAGGAACCUGAACAGCUGGAAGGGGUACUUGAUGAAAAUGAUGAGAAGGAAAACGAUGAAGAAGAGGAUUCCAGUGAUAGUUUUAAGAAAGAGAACUCGUCCAUAGUUAAGUAUGACGACUCUUCGAAGCAGUACGAAAAUUCAUCGCUUGGCAUUAAGGAACAAAGUAUUACGGACAAGUUAGGAAACGUGGACAAUCAACUUUUGCAGAAACAGGUUAAAUAUAUUUUAGACAGUGAUAUGCUUUCCCUACCGGAGUUUAAAGAGCUCUCUGCACAAGAAAAGGUUGUGGCUAUUAUAACUUUAUUGAAUUCAAACGUCGAAACAGCUAUGCCUACCAAGUCAGUUUCUCCGGUUGUUAGUGAUGCUUUAAGCAGAAGGCGGUUUCCACGUCCUGACAUGUCUCAGUCCAUGACUCCUGAAGAAAGGCAAAGGUACUCUGAGUACCUCCUUGGAGAAAAUCGGAUAACAGAGAUCGAACAUUUUCCACCAAAGUCGAGGCUAUUUAUUGGUAACUUGCCUUUGAAGAAUGUAACAAAGGAAGACUUGUUCAGGAUAUUCUCCCCUUAUGGUCAUAUAUUCCAAAUUAACAUUAAAAAUGCAUUUGGUUUUAUUCAAUACGAUAAUGCGCAAUCAGUGCGGGACGCUAUCGAGUGUGAAUCAAAUGAAAGCAACUUUGGUAAGAAACUAAUUUUGGAGGUUUCUAGUUCUAACAGUAGACCCCAAUUUGACCAUGGUGAUCAUGGCACUAAUAGCAGUUCUACAUUCGUCACUUCCAGUAAAAGACCAUUUGAUGAGCAAGAUGACGAAGACGAUAUGUACAGUGACAAUCACUAUAAGAAGACUAAGAAACGGAUUCCGCAAUGUAUGAUUUUAGUAAAGAGAACAGCAGACCGUGCAUACGCUAAUGAAGUUUUCAAUAACUUCAGAAAUGGAUCGGAUCUUGAGACUGAUAUGGUUUUCUUAAAGCCUAAGAUGGAAUUGCGGAAGCUAAUUAAUGAUGCAGCUUAUGACGGUGUAUGGGGUGUUAUUUUGGUGAACAAGACUAGAAACGUUGACAUUCAAUCUUUCUACAAGGGUCCUCAAGGUGAGACAAAAUUUGAUGAGUAUAUCAGUGUUUCAUGUGAGGACUCAAUUGCAAUUUUUAAUAAUUUGAAAAAUACUAGAGCUGCUGGUGGAUCCAUAUCUCCUCAUUUACAACAGCGUGGUCCAUUAUCCCAACAAAGGCAGCAGAAGCAGCAGCAUCUCCAGUCGCAGCCUCAGCCUCAACCUCAGCCUCAACCUCAGCAGCAGUAUUAUGGAGCAUACGGUAUGCAAUCACAGCAACCUCCAUAUAUGCCGCCGCAGCAAAUGUUUGGACCAAUGGCUGCUGUGCCACCUCCACCACCACCACCACCGCCACCUCAGCAAAGACAGCAGUAUCCUGCCAUGCAAUCUUAUGGUACCUUUGCUCCCCAACAGCUUCCAAUGGCUGCAUCAGGUCAGGCGAAUAGUCCAAUGGACCAAUCUCAGCUUCUAGCGGCAAUCCAACAUCUACCACAAAAUGUAAUAUCGAGCUUAUUGUCUAUGGCUCAGCAACAACCAAAUCAACAGCAGCAAGUCCUAGGUCUCAUUCAACAGCUCCAAAACAAUCCUCAAGGUCAACAGGCAGCACAACAGUUAGCUGGUACAAUGGGUUAUCCAUACGCGGGAUAUGGUGCUGCUUCUCAAACUCCACCUGUUAUGGCUGGUUCUCCUCCCCCUCAGCAGCAUCAGCUCCCUCCUCAACAGCAACCGCCAGCACAGCAGCAGCAACAGAAACAUCAACCCGUACCUCAACCACAGUCAAAUCAACCUGGAAGUAGUGUACAAAGUCUUCUAGACAGUCUUGCUCAAUUACAGAAGUGA